AAUCUUGACUCAUACAUGUAUAGAAAAAGAUUAGAUAUAUAGUGAUAUAAUUACGUACUCUGACGACUGUUAACUUGGUACCUGUUGUGCCGUAAAAUUAUAUAAGGAUUGCUAGGACUACACUCAUUAUUUGAAGUCUUGUGUGGUAAACGAGAUUGUCAUGCUGAUAGAGUGUUGUACUGUGUAGUGGGCUUCAAGAACCCGUCUGUAAUUUCAUCUUAAGCUAGGGUUGAGACGGGAGAGUUGUACUAAUUUACUGAUAUGUCAGCUGGGUUAGUUCGGGUGUUCCAAUCUUUAAGAUUUAAUGGACAAAUAAACUGAAAAUCAGUGAUUUAUUCCAGUUCACUCUGUAGGCCGAUCGCCCAAGCAGCUAACGAGCCGGUCAGUGGUGAAGAGGUUAAAGAAUUUCACCGUUGAGAUGUUUAUCAGACAGCUUAUAAGGCAGACAACAACUACGGUAUGCAGAAGGCUUUCAACACAUGCAAGACCAUUUCCUGUGUUGAAGGAUACAAUAGAUGCUUCAUGUCCUCAGCUGGCAGCAGGAAAAAAUAAGUCAGAGGAGCAGCUACUUCAACUUCAGCAGCUCGGCGAAAUCUGCCUUGCUGGAGGUGGAGAAAAGGGUAUAGCAUUGCAUGUGAAGAGGAAUCGUAAGAUGCUGGUACGAGAUAAAUUGAAGCUUCUUCUUGAUGAUGAUUCCGACUUCCUAGAACUUUCAUUACUUGCUGGUCUUAACAUGGAGUAUGGAGAUAUACCUUCAGGAGGUACUAUUAAUGCGAUUGGAAAAAUCCAUGGGAGAUAUUGUGUAAUAAUGAGCAAUGAUGGAACUUUCAAGAGUGGGACAUUUUAUCCAAUAUCUGUUACAAAAAAUAUUCGCUCCCAAACAAUUGGUGAAGUUAAUCGUCUUCCCUGUGUAUACAUAGUGGACUCAGCUGGUGGAUUUCUACCCCUUCAGUCUGAAUUGUUUGCUGACAAAAAUCAUGGUGGCCGUUGCUUUCGCAACCCACCAAUCAUGUCAGCAGCGGGGAUACCACAGAUAGCUAUAGUGUGUGGUUCUUGUACUGCAGGAGGAGCCUAUCAACCAUCCAUGUGUGAAGAUGCAGCUAUUGUAACCCGUAUUGGCACCAUCUUUCUGGGCGGGCCACCCCUGGUGAAGGCAGCCACUGGAGAAGAAAUUACUGCAGAAGAUCUAGGUGGAGCCACAGUACAUUGCAGUGUCAGUGGUGUUACUGAUUACUUUGCUGGCACAGAAGAAGAAGGUUUUGACAUUGUGCGUGACAUUGUUGCCACACUUAACAUUGACCCCCUCUCUCCUACAUUGUUGGACUCGGAAGAACCUCUGUUGAAGCCUGACUUAUUAGAUGCUUUGAGCGGUAUAGAUUCUAUUGAUCGGAAGAAAUUGUAUGCAGUAAUUGGGAGGAUCGUGGAUGGUGGAAGAUUUCGGGAAUUUAAACAGCAGUAUGGAAGUAACCUCACUACAGGAUAUGCUUUUGUUGAAGGAAGAUGUGUGGGAGUUAUAGGUAAUGCUGGGCCUCUGACAUACAAGGAUGGUCUUAAAGGUUCACAUUUCAUACAAAUUUGUCAGCUGCGUAACUGCAACUCAGGCCCUCUAGAUGAGCAUCAAACAUUUACCAGAAGCUUGAGUAGAGAAGACUUACACCAAGCUAUGAAAGGCAGGGCUGCUAUGAUAGCUGCUGUAUCUUGUGUCACUGUACCAAAGAUUACAGUUAAUAUUGGAAAUUGUCAUGGAGAUGAUAACUACACCAUGUGUGGUCCAUCAUUUUCCCCAAACUUCAUCUUCUCAUGGCCUGGAGCAUCUGUGACUCACACUCUCAAUCCUCCACCUUUACCACCACAGCCUGAGGAAGAAAUACUUAAUUUAAAAGACAACAAGACGGCAAACAAACAGCGUAGAUCUCUGUCAGCAUUCAACUUUCCUGUGGGUGGCUCCUUCUACCAGGCCUCAAGAGUGCUCAUUGACAGCAUCAUUAUUCCUUCAGAAACCAGAAAGGUUGUAGCCCAGUGUCUACGAAUUUGUCAACAGCAAAAGCAUAUGACCAAUGCCCCAAAGGACUUCCCUGUUUUCAGACUCUAACAAAUCUCAUAAAAGUUUUUCCUACAAGAAAAUUUCUAAUUUAAUAUUUUGGGUGAAAUUUGGAACUAGACUAUAAUUGUAUGUGAGCUCUUCAAUAAAAGAAAUCUAAUGUACCACGUUGUAUGUCAAAAAUAAGUACGGUAGGUAGACUUCGAAAUCCUUGAUGACUAUUGCCACUGUUUAGACUUGACCAAAACAAAGUUAUUAAUUCUUUCAUAAAAUAACUACUUCUAUAUUAGGGUAAUCUGCAUUAAUUACUAUAAGCCAUGUCAAUAUUAUGAUUUUGUUAAUGGUGUCCAGGGUAUGAAUACAAAAUACAUUUAUUUACUAUGCAGUUGAGCAAUGAAAUAAGAAGCAGUGAUAUUAAAAUUACAUAAAGAA